UUAAUCGAUAGUUUGAUAGAAAUCCCAAGAAUUAUAGCUCCAUGGGUCAAACUAGAAAAAACUGACUCUUGGGUAACUCUUUAUUAAAAAAUGCGUAAACACCCUCCCUUCCUUCUCAUAGCCCUCUCUCAUCAUUACCAUUUUAUUUUCCCAUCUCGCGUUGCUAAUAAAGGUUUAAUAAAGGCUUAGAGCUGCUACCGUUGUGACUCGAGCGUGUUAAUCAGGAGUCAAUUGAAACUAUCUACGUCCCUUUAUUAAGUAUGCUGUUAAGUCACUAAAAAUGCGUAAAAACUUUAACCCCCCCCCCUUCACCUUCCUCCUCCUUUCUCUACUCUAAAACGACCCACCUGUAACUUUCUCAUCUAGUUAGUAUAAGCUGGUCAGCUUUGCAAAGUGUGUACGUCAGCUGUUCAACAUUAAUGUAAACAGAGUGAAACAUAAAAUCCGCGAAAUCUUAAUGCUUUGAAGUAAAAACAAUGAAACAGUAUAAUCAGUAAUCAGUGUAAAAAAAGAUUCUUAAACCAAAAUAGAAAUAUAAUAAUCAGAUUUUACGUUUAAAAUGUGUAAAUAAGUGUAAACAGGAUUAGAUCUUAAAAUAUUUAUAAAAGUAUAAGAUAGUUUUAAGCUGUCUGAAAAACAUGCCUAAAAGGCAGACUCCAAAGUCUCUGCGACGUUUAUCAGUUCUUGAAAUUGUUUCUAACUUUGAAAUUAUCAGUUUCGGAUCCUACAAAGAAUCUUCAAAGUUUAAACAAUUAAACAAAUCAGGACUAUACACCGAGUAUCCAAACCCACUUGAUAUCCUACCGUCCUCUCUGCUUAACGAGGUUGCUCAGGAACUUCUAGAGAACAGAGGUCUCAAACCUUACAUUAUCAGGAGUAUAUGUACUGACGGUUUAACUGAAUGUCGUCUUCCAUCACAUCCCAGUGCACUACCCUUAGCUUUGAAAAGUUUGGCAAAAAAUUCCUCAAAUCUUGUCACAUUCCAUCUAACAUGCUGUAAGAACCUGAACCCUGUAUCUAUCUAUCCUGUUCUCUGUUCAUCACAGUAUCUUCGCUAUGUAAACCUCGAGGGUACAAAUGCAGAUGAUGCCUGUCUACAACAUUUGGUCAGACAUACAAGAACAAUCCAUACCCUGAACCUUGCCAGAACGAAGAUAACAUGUUCUGGGUUGGAUCUAGUUACUCAACAAGUUUUUCCUAAUCUAACCUUUCUCAUUAUUCUUGGAACCAAUGUAAAACCUGUUAGUGUCUCCAACCUAGCGGCCAGAUUAGGAACCUUGCUCACCCUAGAGUAUGAUAACAUGUUGCAGGUGUUCUUACUUAAACCUUCCAACUGCUUUGCGCUUACAAAAUUAAGUGUAUGUGGUGUAGAUGUAGAAGAAGGUGUUCAGCUUGGAGAACAUCUUCAUCACUGUCCUCACCUUCAAGCACUUUCAAUAGAAAACAGCAUACUGAGCUUCGAACUGAUUGAGGGAGUAUCAAUGCUAAAAUCAUUAAAUAAACUAGAACUAAGUGCUAGAAAUCAAACCAACUUUUCUACCCUUCUAGGCAUUUUUCUUUCACAGGGGAAGCUGUUGACCCAAUUAAAUUUAGAAAACGUGAUUGAUUGCGAUAUUUAUGUUAUCGGAAGUGUUUGCUGUAAUCUUGAGGUUCUAACCUUCUCCAGGUGUUCAUUCUUACACAACCAAACCUCAACCAUCAGAACGAGAUUACUACACCUGGAGAAAAUAUUUAUCUUUAACUCUCCGGACUCCUACUUUCAGCCAUCUUACCUUAAAUAUAUUCUUUCGUCGCCAAAUAUUUCAGUUUUGUACCUGCAAAACUUAGACUGUCUCACAGAUGAACUAAUAAAAGAAGAAAUAGAAAGAAGAAACUUGAUAAAAUUAUCUUCCUUAAGUAUUGAAUGUUGCCACAGGAUAAGUUUGUCCGCCAUAUUGGAUCUGUUGUCAGCUGAAAACCGGUUAGAAAGUCUUCACGUGUGGUCCUGUGUAAAAGUUUCAGAACUUCAACAAAGAAUUGUUCACAGAGAAAUCAAAAACAAAAAUCUUGAUUUAAAUUUUCAAUGGCAAGGUGUUCCAAGUCAAUUAGAUUAUGAAAACCAAGGAGACCUAAGAGAUCUUCUUCUGCCCUUACUGGGAGUUAAUGUCUUUCAGGAGAAUUGAUUGUUGAAAUACAUUUUUCAUCUAUAUAAUAAUGCUCUUCGCUCAUAUAUAUAUAUAUAUUUUUAUGCAGAUAUAUUUCUAAGUCAGCUUUAGCUGGCCAAACGGCUGGACUGAAUGGGCUGAAAUUAAAUAUUUUUUAGAAAUCAAAA